GAGCUUCUGCUAAAGGCGCGGAGCACAAGGCGCCGAGGGCGCAGAGUAAGAGCAGCACCACCCGGUAGAAGUCGGGGCUGAAGACUGCGUGUUCCUAGCCCACCCUCAGCUCCCACUCGGUGCGGCAUCCCAACCCCUGCCGGCCGUCGCCCGGCACGACCCGCGGCCAUGCAGCCCCGGGCUUAAGGCGGCCCCAUGGCAAAACCUGCGAUCCCAGCAACGACGGCGCAUGGAGAACUUCCGUAAGGUGCGCUCGGAGGAGGCGCCGGCGGGGGACGGUGAUGAGGGUGGCAGCCUAAGCUCUGGCCCUUUCGCAGAUCUCGCGCCCGGUGCUGUACACAUGCGGGUCAAAGAGGGCAGCAAGAUCCGCAACCUGCUGGCCUUCGCCACCGCCAGCAUGGCGCAGCCAGCCACGCGCGCCAUCGUCUUCAGCGGCUGCGGCCGGGCCACCACCAAAACCGUCACGUGCGCCGAGAUCCUCAAGCGCCGCCUGGCGGGCUUACACCAGGUCACGCGGCUGCGCUACCGGAGCGUGCGCGAGGUGUGGCAGAGCCUCCCGCCUGGGCCCACGCGGGGUCAGACGCCUGAGGAUCCGGCCGCCAGUCUCAGUGUACUUAAGAAUGUACCGAGCCUGGCCAUCUUACUUUCAAAGGACGCACUGGAUCCACUACAACUUGGCUACCAGCCUCCGAACCUCAAUCCUGGUCCUUCAUCCCCUCCUACCGUGUCGACGUCCAAGAGGAGCCUGGGGGAAUCUGCUGCUGGAGAAAGCACAGCUAAGCGAUCUCAGCCUGAGCCAGGGGCUGAGAAUGAGGACCCGACUGCCUGAGAACUCCCGGCUCUGAGCCCCCUAGACCGGCUGGAUCUUACAUCCUCAACACUCCUACAUCCACGCGCACCUUUCAUACCUGGGUUUCAAGGGGCCCAUGUUCCUGGAAGAUUGACAGCACAGAUCCCAAGGCGACUUGAAAGGGAGCUCAGGAAUGACAAGAGGAUCCCCUGAAGUCCAAGGAAACUUUGUGGGACGUGUUGCCAGAAGCCACAGAACUCCGCCUCCACCUUUUGUAGGCCAUACUGGGAUUUUUUUUUUUUUUUUUUAGAGAAGCAUGGCGGAUAGUGAGACUCUUGAGACUUCUUGGGGACCCAGACUUUAAAAGCGCCCAGUAAUGCAUGAAGAAUGACCGUUGAGGAUCUUGAAAUCAUCCUUGCUGAUGACUGAGGGCAGGGAGCUGUGAAGCAGAUUCCUUGAGGGUGGCCAAGUUGAAACUGUCGGGACCCUAUUCUGCCCACCCACCCCCUGGCAAUUCUCCUCUUUAGCUCUUCCUCCUCUUAGCAUCCCCCCUUUUGCAUGGUGGCGGAGAGGGGACCCAGGACAAAACUUCCCAUGCCUCCUCCCCUGAGUCCCACUGCUGGAGUCCGGCUUCCAAUAAAACCAACGUGAAAAUGG